AUGUCUACUCAAUCUUACAAGAAACAGGAUCCGUAUUCCAUUUCGUCUAGUGGUUUACCGGACAAAAUGACGGUUUUCCAAGAAUGUUUACAACAAUUUAAUGCAUCACCGGUUAAUGCUAAGAAAUGCCGUCAAUUAUUAGCUAAAUUGUUAAGAUUAAUUUAUCAUGGGGAACAGUUUCCAUCUCAAGAAUCCACAACAUUAUUCUUUUCCAUUUCGAAAUUAUUUCAACACAAGGAUUUAUCAUUGAGACAAUUAGUUUACUUAGCUAUCAAAGAGUUGUCCGCUACGUCUCAGGAUAUCUUGAUGGUUACUUCGUCGAUUAUGAAGGAUAUACAAAGUGGGGAUUUGAUCUAUAAGCCAAAUGCGAUUAGAACAUUGUCCAAGGUUUUGGAUCCAUCGACCGUGUCAGCAUCAGAAAGACUAUUCAAGAAUUGUAUUGUUGACAAAAACCCUACUGUUUCGUCGGCAGCGUUGAUCUCUUCGUAUAACUUAUUACCGAUUGCUAAGGAUGUUGUGAAGAGAUUUACAAAUGAAACGUUGGAAACCGUUAAUUCGUUCAAGCAGUUCCCGGCCAAUCAAUUUCAGUUACACGAGUAUUAUGGAAGUUCUACUACUAACUUGCCAUCUACUUCGUACAUGUAUCAAUACCAUGCUUUAGGAUUGUUGUAUCAAUUGAGAAAUCACGAUAAAAUGGCGUUGAUGAAAUUGAUUACUUCAUUAAGUGAAGGCUCAUCCUUGAAGAAUUCUUUAUCUGUUAUUCAAUUAAUAAGAUACAUUAACAAAAUCUUGACGGAUGAUGAAUCUUUAUUGCAACAUUUGUUGCCUAUAUUAUCUGGGUUCUUAAAACAUAAGUCUGACAUGGUCGGAUUAGAAGCGUGUAAGACUUUGGUUGGGUUACAGCAUUUAAUUAAGGAUGAUGAUUUUAUGAAGAUAAUCGAUACGUUACAAAAAUUAUUGAGCGUUCCAAGAACUGCAACCAGAUUUGCUGCUAUUAGAUUGAUUAAUAGAAUUUCGAUUAAGCAUCCAGAAAAGAUCAUGGUCGUGAAUUUGGAAUUGGAAAACUUAAUUAAUGAUUCAAACAGAUCAAUUUCAACAUUAGCUAUUACUACAUUAUUGAAGACAAUGGGUAGUAACACUAUUGAAUCUAACACAGGAGGUGAAAAUGUUGAUAGAUUGAUUAGUAAGAUGACUUCAUUAAUGGAUGAAAUUACGGAGGACUUUAAGAUUGUGAUUAUUGAAGCUAUUGAAAACUUAGCAUUAAAAUUCCCAUCAAAACACAAAAAAUUAGUGGCUUUCUUAACCGACUUAUUAAGAGACGAUGGAUCUUUACAAUUGAAGUCUAGUAUUGUUGACGCUCUUUUUGAUUUAAUCAAAUUCUUACCCGAUGUUAGUGCAAAGCAAUUAAUCUUAAUGAAUUUAUGUGAGUUUAUUGAAGAUUGUGAGUUCACUGAAUUAUCUGUCCGUAUUUUGCAUUUAUUAGGUGAUGAAGGUCCAACAACCACAAAUCCAUCCUACUAUAUCAGACAUAUCUAUAACAGAUUGGUUUUGGAAAAUUCUAUUGUCAGAUCUUCUGCCGUUAUUUCCUUAGCUAAAUUUGCUGUUGUAUGCAAGGGUGAAGUUUCAAGAAAUAUUCAAAUUUUAUUAAACAGAUGUUUGAUUGAUGUAGAUGACGAAGUCAGAGAUCGUGCUUCUAUAUCAUUAAGGUUUAUCGAAAAUUCUAAAGAAGAGCUAAUUGUCACUGAUUCAAAAUACGAUUUAUCUAUUUUGGAGAAUAAGUUGACAAAUUAUUUGAACGAUGAAUCGAAUUUUGAUAAGAAAUUCGAUAUUAGUGAAAUUCCUAUGAUUUCAACUGAGGAACAAAGAUCUAUCGAAUAUAAUAACAAAAUAAAUAAAUUGGAAUCUUCCAGUACUACUGAAGUUUCAGAAAAGGACAACCACAAGAAUAAAUCCUCCAAGAAAGAAAGUGACAAUGACAAGCAAACUGGUGAUGAUUCAGCUUCCGGUUUAUUGAAGCAACAAGCUUAUGCUCAGGAAUUAUCAACUGUUCCAGAGUUUGCUGACUACGGCAAGUUAUCUAAGUCGACUUCGACACCAAUUUACUUGACCGAUAAAGAAAACGAAUUUGUGGUUACUGUUGUGAAGCAUUUCUUUAUCGAAUCGCAAAAGUUGGUAUUACAAUAUAACAUUACAAAUACAUUGACCCAUUUAGUAUUACAAGACGUUUCUGUUAUUGCACAACCUGAUAAUGAAUUAUACCAGGAAGAUUUUAUCAUAUCCUUACAAGAAUUAAGGCCAGAACAAACUGGUAAUGUUUAUGUAUCAUUUUCCGCUCCAAGCAUUGAUGACGAGGAAUUAAUUUCUGCGUUUGGUAACACAUUAUCUUAUACUAAUAGAGAAAUUAUUGAUGAAGAGGGUAACAUUGAUGAAUCAGAUGAAGGCUGGUCUGAUGAAUAUCAAAUUGAAGAUUUGGAAAUUUCCCCAGGUGACUUUAUCAGUCCAUUAUAUAAUUCCAAUUUCACUUCAAUUUUCGAUCAAUUGCCAUCAGAAGAAUCGUUUGUGGUCAAUUUAACCAAUGCUAAAACUUUGGAAAAUGCAGCGAUAAAAUUGAAGUCCAAUUUAAAUAUGAUGCCAUUAGAUGGAUCUGAUUAUGUACCAAGUGAUGCAACCUCACAUGUGUUAAAAUUAUUAGGAAAAGAUUUGUGGGGCGGUAAAGUUGGUGUUUCAGUUAGAUUGGCAUUAGCAGGUGGCAAAGUCGUUGCCAAAUUACAAGUUAAAUCAGAAACCGAAAACCUCACAAAGGUUGUCGCUGACGGUACUUCUUGA